AUGGCACCAAGUCGAUUGAAUGUCCUGGUGUACACAGGUAGCGGCACAACUACUGAAUCUGUCAAGCAUGCCGUCUACACUCUACGUCGCCUCUUGGCCCCCAACUACGCAGUGUCCACCAUAGAUGAGAAUGCCAUUCUCAAGGAGCCCUGGGGACCAACCUGUGCCAUGCUAGUGGUCCCCGGGGGUGCCGAUCUCAAAUAUUGCCAAGUGCUGAACGGUUCUGGCAAUGAUUCAAUCUCGGCCUUUGUCCGCAGGGGUGGCCGUUAUCUCGGCUUCUGUGCUGGCGGCUACUAUGGAUCUGCGCGCUGCGAGUUCGAGGUUGGAAGCAAAGAGGGCAUGGAGGUCAUUGGCUCCCGUGAGCUAUCAUUUUUCCCAGGGACCUGUCGUGGCAGCGCAUUCUAUGGGUUCAAGUAUCACAGCGAGGCUGGAGCCAGGGCUGUCAAGCUGAGAAUCAACCGCAGCGAGUUUACGGACCAGGCGACAGCAGGACUAGCGGACACCUUCCGCAGCUACUACAAUGGCGGCGGAGUGUUUGUGGACGCCGAAGCGAUGAAAUCGCAAAAUGUCCACGUGCUUGCAGAAUACGCCGAGGAUCUGGACGUAGAUGGCGGUAGUGGGAAAGCCGCCGUCGUCCAUAUUCAGAUCAAGGAUGGCCAUGUCAUUUUGACUGGACCGCAUCCCGAAUUCGACCAAGCCCAGCUGAGCCCCCCAAGACCAGAAGUCAAGGGGUACGACAAGCUCAUUCUGGAUCUUGAAGCAGAUGAACAGGCGCGCAUUGCAUUCCUCAGGGCCGCUCUGAUGAGAACAGGGCUCGAGGUGGUUGAAGACCCGGUGGGCACUGUCCCCUCCUUGUCAAGUUUACACCUUUCAUCUGCCAACCACCAAGAAGUUGGUGACGUACUUCACUCUUUAGGGAAUGUCCUUACUGAGCAAUCUGAUGGAACAGAACUCAUCAAGGCGGAGAUCAAUUCGUUCCGCGUUGUGAACCCAUCUUCGAGCAAAACAUGGGACAUGUCAAGCCUUAGCAACGCCAUGAACGAUGGUGCUUCCGAAUCCGACAAAAGCGAGGCUCAUGCCAACGAUCAACUUAUCUUGUUUGCCCAUGAAGAUUCCUGGCCUCAACACAAGGAAACACCACACUUUGACCAUGAGUUGUACUACAGCAGUCUCAGCCGCUAUAGGAGAAAGGAGAGAGAUUCUCGUGAUUGGGGAACCAUUCUCAUGUAUGGAGAAGUCGUAACUAGUACAAACACUAUGCUGGAAAAGAACCCGACCAUUCUCGGAAACAUUCCCACUGGCUUCACAUUCGCUGCAACUACGCAGGUUUCCAGUAGAGGUCGAGGCAGCAAUGUCUGGAUAGCGCCACCUGGAUCGCUGAUGUUUUCAAUCCUCAUCAACCACCCUGGGCAUUUGAUGACAACUCGACCAAUUGUGUUCAUCCAGUACCUCGCAGCUGUGUCUAUUGUUGAAGCAAUCCAAGGCUACGAUAAGGGAUAUGAGAAGAUGCAAGUCAGGCUGAAGUGGCCCAACGAUAUCUACUGCCGCGACCCAACCAAGUCCGAAGGCCCACCGCACUACGUCAAGAUAGGGGGAAUACUUGCAAACUGCUCCUACAGUUCCGGAAACUAUCAAAUUGUGCUUGGGGUUGGCAUAAACACGAACAACUCCCGACCAUCGACGUCGCUGCGUGCGCUGGCCGAAGCUGCAGGCCUGCCGCCUCUGAAGCUAGAGCAACUCCUGGCCCGCAUCCUGACGCGAAUCGAGGCCAGAUACAAUAAUUUCACCAUGCGGGGGUUCUCCGGUGAGCUUGAGGGCGCCUACUACCGCCACUGGCUGCAUUCUGAGCAGGUGGUGACCCUUGAGACCGAGGGCGGUGUGAGAGCCAAGGUCAGAGGGAUCACCAAGGACUGGGGGAUGUUGACUGCCGAGGAGCUGGGACCGGGAGACAGGACUACCGGCAGGGUGUUUUCGCUGCAGAGUGACGAAAACAGCUUCGACUAUUGGAGAGGGCUUGUGAGGCGAAAGAUCUGA